AUGUAUUUACUAAGAAGUCUUUAAAAUCAUGAUUUCUAUAUGAUUAACUGUGAUGAACACUUAAAUAAGAAAGCUCGCAGCUACUGCAAGACUCAAAAUAAAAUUGUGUGCAGUAAAUGUUUAUAAACUGAUCUCCAUUCUCAUUUGUAGCGAGGUCAGAAAACACAUUUCGCUUUAGAACAGAAAUUUCUAGAUGAGUCAUUCAGUAAAAUGAUUCCAAUCCUUACUGAGGAAAUUUACUAAAUUCAGAUACUGAUGGAUAACAUUAAUUCUUUCAUCAAUAAAGAAAGAAGCUUUAGUGCUAGUGAAAUUGAGAAAAUGAUUAAUAAAAAUUGCUAUGUCAUUCAGUAAUCUGAUCUUGAUGAUAAACUUAAAAAUAACUUUAAAUAGAAUUCUGAUGUCUUAAACUUUAUUUCUAAUUUCAGUGAAACUUUCUAAUAGAUUAAUCAAAUCAAUAAUGAGGAAUCAAAAGAAUAAUAGUAAGAUUAAAAAGUAGAUUUGCAGUCAAAUCAUCUGAAAAAUAAAACUAGCUUAGCUUAAUAAAAGUCAUUGAAGGAAUAGCUAGAGAAAGAGACAUUAUCAAAAUUAAUGGAACAAGAUAAGACUAAAUACUUAGAAUUCAGAAGAUUAGUAGAUUUUCAUUUGGGGAAAUUGAGUAAAAAUAUUAGAGUAAAAAAUAAGUUAUUACCGAUAACUGGAUAAACUAAUUUGAUUUAUAAAGCAACAAGAGAUGGUUUCACAGCUAAUCAUUUUCAUUAAAAGUGCGAUAACUAAGGUCCAACAAUAUCAAUUAUCUUGAGUGAGCAUGGUUAAGUCUUUGGAGGUUACACGUCGAUAUCUUGGAAAUAAGUUAAUGAAUAUAUUUAAGACUCAGCUGCAUUUGUAUUCAGCUUGACCAAAAACUCACUUCAUUAAUAAUUUCAAAACUUUGAAAAAGGUGUUAUUCAUAACAUAGCUAAUUUAAUGAUAUUUGGCAGUGGUCAUGAUAUUUUUAUCAGCAAUAAUUGCAGCCAAAAUAAUAGCGCUAGUGUUUGCUAUUUAGGUGGGACGUAUAUGACUCUGCAAGGUUAAAAGUUAUAUGAUUAAUAGGCUAAAGACCAUUUAGCAGGCGGUUCUUUUUUCAAAGUUAUUGAAAUUGAAGUUUAUUAAGUAGUAUCAUGA